AAGCGAAGCAUUUGUUGCAGUCGGCAUCAGGUUUUAGCACAGUGGUGUCAGUGACUCACUCUUCUUAGGGAAAAGCUAUGGCAGAACAAGGUACAAUGGAAACCGCGCAUGCAGGAGCGGGGAAGCCUAUGUCGACGUCAGGACCCUGGUAUGCUGUGGCUUUGGUGCUUGCGAACUGUGCCCUCGGUGCUGGCGUGUUGCACUUUCCCGCUGCGUACGACAACUCUGGAGGGCUUCUGAUUGGCGCUCUCCUGCAAGUGGCUGUAACGCUUCUCCUGGGAGCCACUGCUUUGGCACUUGCCUACUGUUCUGAGGUCCACGGCGAUAAUACCUACCACGAUGUCCUAGAGUCCUGCAGCGGACGAAAGGCACGAAACGCGUCCGCUUGUUCAGUUGUUCUUACUUGUUUUGGUAUCUGCAUCACUCUACUCAUCGUCACCGGCGACCUGUUUGACCGCAUAUUUGCUUCACUCUAUGGAGACCAUUUUUGCCAAACCUGGUUUAUGAGCAGGCAGUUCACCAUUUCAGUGACAGCAGUCACCUUCGUUCUACCACUGUGCCUCAUGCAGAAGAUAACAUUUCUACAACGUGUGAGUACUGUAGGCGUGCUUGCCAUACUUUACCCUGCGUUCCUUACUGUCUACAGCUUCUAUACAGUUCCACAGCCAGAAUCCCUUCACCUAAAGACUCAACCUAGUUCGUGGGUGGGUUUCAUCGUCACCUUUCCGGUAUACUGUUUUGCUUACCAGAUGCACGAGCUCGUGGUACCGAUGUACGCCACCAUGAAAAACCGAAGAUUUUCUGAGUUCACCAAAGCCGUGACUGCUGCGCUUGUAGUUCUGUUCCUCGUAUACGUAACGGUUGGGUGCUUCGGCUACGCGACCUACGGACACGCCGUGAAGCCAGAUAUAAUGGAGAUGUUUGACGGCUCCGAUCCUGUGGUUCUUGUUGGGGUUGCAGCACUGAUUCUGAAAACCGUUGUUACCUAUCCACUCGUGACAUUCUGUGGCAGUGACACCGUGGAAAGCCUGUAUAUGACGAUUCGAAAUACCGAGGGUGCUGAGGAUUCCAGUUACGGACGAAAGCUGAUAAUCACCGUCAUAUGGUUCAUGACCACGACGGUUUUGUCAAUCUUGCCCAUUGAUAUUGGCGCUGCCAUCAAAAUUUUGGGUUGUCUGUCAAUGUUCAACAUAUUUAUUUUCCCAGGUCUGUGCCUCGUUGGACUAGUGGGGAAGAAACCUGGUUUCUUCGCCCGUGCACGAGUGGUGUCAUUUCUCGGAUGCAUCUUCGUCACCGCUGGCAUAGUGUUGUUUGGCGUCGUCUUCGUGGACAUUGUUGUAUUUGACCUUGCCAAAGAAGAAACGACGCACCUCUGUGUCUGAAAACUGCCAUUUCACUGCUUAUGAAAUGUUUUACGAAUAUAUAUUAAUAUAAGAUGUCGCGAUGACUGUACACCUUCUGCAUACAAUUUUAGUACAAUAAAAUUUUAGCCACGUA